AUGAAUGAUCUACGAUCUCGUGUAGAUGAACUAGAACAUCGUGUCGUACAGUUGUAUAGCUCGACACCAUUCUCACAUGCUAUCACAGACCUGCCUGCUUAUAGCGCUACACUGCGCGAACAAAACUACCCUAAUCUCUAUGUACAGGCCUUCUAUCUCGACUCGGAUGUCUGGUCAUCUUCCGAGCUCACGCGUCAGCCCAACAAUAUCAUAUUGUCUGCGGAAGUACUGGCGUAUCUUGAUAACGUUGACGACAUAAAGCGCAAAUAUUUCAACUCCGCGCAUGUCUGGAUGCCCAUCAUUAGCAAGAUGCGGUUUGAUCGCUUGACGCAUUCAGGAGUGGGAAGAAUCAGACCGGAUGUUGCAUUGUUGCUUCUAUGCAUGAAACUUGUGUCUGGCGGGAUGGCUGAAGAUGAAAAUAAGCCAUCUGACCUGUAUAUGACGGCAAAACAGGUCUGUGUGACUUUGGAGCGCGAUGGACUGCUUACCUUGCGCUCCCUGCAGGCCAGUCUUCUGUUAGCAGUCUAUGAAGUAGGUCAUGCUAUUUAUCCUGCUGCUUCAUUGACUCUCGGUCGCUGUGUGAGACAAGGGACUGCGCUCGGCCUGCACAACAAAGACGCCCCUCAACUGGCGGGUAAGCUCCGCAGCUGGGUGGAUUGGGAAGAACGACAGCGUGGAUGGUGGAUGAUUGUCAUUCUCGACAGAUUUAUUGUGGUCGGAACGAGCAACCAGCCAUUAUGCACAGAUGAUCCGAGUAAGGAUACCAUACUUCCAAGCUGCGAACCUGCCUGGGAUAGUGGUAUCAUUGUACCCCCAGUACGUGUCCUGCUUUCUUCUAUGGAUACAGAUCCAACGUUGAUCAGCCCAUUUGCACGUCUUGGUCAAGCCGCCAACCUACUUGGCCGGGUUAUCAGACACUGCAACGAUACGACUGCGGACGUAGAACAUGUCCUCGAGAAUGCCGAGCUCCUUUUUGGUACAAUAACCUCGCUUCUUGAUAUCCUCGCUACAGAUAAUCACGCGAGCCAUCCAUCGUCCAAUGCUGCGACUGCAUUUUGUCUUAGGUAUAUAGUCCCAUCUACUCUCAAACUUCUCUUUUGA